AUGCAAUCCAGCUGCUGGACUGAUCGCCCAUCUUUCUUCUCGUUUGGCCAGUCAUCUGUGUUUACGCUGACGCAGGAGCUGCGCUGGCACGAGUCGCAGGAGAGCCAGAUGCGUCACAGCAAGGGGUACGGGGGAGGCCCCCCGCAGAAGGGGGCCUACUAUGACGGCCAGCAGGGCGGCUAUGGGGGCCCCAGGAGAUACGGCGGCUCGCCCCCCAUGAAGAUGGGAAUGGCCAAUGAGGGCCGCAGAGGCGGUCCGCCCUAUGACGGCGAUGGCAAGCGCCCCAUGCGCGGAAGCAGAACUUGA